UCCCCGGCCCGGCCUCCCGCCGAGCCGCUCUCCCCUGGCAACCGCCUCCCGUCCCGGUCCUCGCCCCGCGGCCCGGCCGGCGCCUGCCCCUUUAAAUGGCGGCCGCGGCCCCGCCGUGCGCCCCGCUGAGGCAGUUUGCGGGCGCCGCGCCGCUCUCGCCCCCCUCCAUGGUAAGCGCUGCGCUCCGCGCCCUCCCCUGCUCUUCUCCGGCCCCGCCGGUGGGCCCCAAGCCCCGCCAGCCCCCUCGGGCUGCGCAGGAAGUUGAUGAAGUGGAUCAUGGUGUUACUACCCAGCUGGUUGCAGAUUCACAAGAGACUCACAGCUCGUGCACAGAGAAGAUGCAGGUUCCUGCUCAGUAUAGCUGGAGUGCUGACUGGAGCUUUUGGCUCUCAAGUUCCACUUACAAAUACAGGAGUGAGGAAUUCAAGAGACAGUUUUCUCAUCUGCCAGAUUCAGAAAGACUCAUAGUAGAUUACGCCUGUGCUCUCCAGAAGGAUAUCCUGCUGCAAGGACGCUUGUAUCUCUCUGAAAACUGGCUCUGUUUCCACAGCAACAUUUUCCGAUGGGAGACUACAAUUUCUAUUGCUUUGAAGGAUAUCACUUUCAUGACAAAGGAGAAGACUGCUCGGCUCAUUCCAAAUGCCAUACAGAUCGCAACAAAAGGAGAGAAGUUUUUCUUCACAUCAUUCAGUGCAAGAGACAGAAGCUACCUCAGUAUCUUUCGCUUAUGGCAGAAUGUGUUGUUGGAUAAGAGGCUGACCAAGCAGGAAUUCUGGCAGCUGGUGCACCAGAGCUAUGGCACUGAGUUGGGCCUGAACACCGAGGAGAUGGAGAGCUUCCACUCAUCAUCAGAGGACAAUGGGCAGUGUCGAUCCAGCAUUUGUGAUGAACCUGGAGAAAGGGAUGACAAACUACCUAAAACAGUCGGUUUAGUUCGGGAAUCCACAAUUCAAGCAGAAGGAGAAUCGCUCAACAGACACGCGUUGUCAGGUGUGGAAGAGUCUCUAAGUGAGAAACAAAUAAAGAAGAGUCCUCUUCCAUCUUCAGAAAGAAAAUCUGUUAAGCUGGUCAGAAGCAGAUCUUUAGAGAAGUCCUUGGAUCUCAAUGAGAAUGAAAAUCUCCAAGAGAAGAGCAGUGCCUCAGAUAGUGAAGAAGCAGUGAAGGAGGCUGCCUCUGAGAAUGAUCUCUAUGGGAGACUUUUUAUAAACAGAGUUUUCCACAUCACUGCAGACAAGAUGUUCGAAAUCCUCUUCACCAAUUCUCACUUCAUGCAGAGGUUUCUCAAUUCCAGGAGCAUAGUAGAUGCUGUAUCAACCCCUUGGAAUAGAGAUUCCAGUGGCAAUCAAUUGAGGACUUUGACAUACACUGUAACAAUUAACAAUCCACUCUGUGGGAAGUUUACGACUGCAACUGAGAAGCAGAUCCUGCAUAAGCAGAGCCAGAAAGGUCAGUCUUAUCAGGUGGAUGCUGAGGUGCUGACCCACGAUGUCCCCUACCAUGAUUAUUUCUACACUGUGAACCGAUACUACAUCAGCCGCACGUCCAGUCACAAAUGUCGAUUACGGGUUUCUGCAGAAGUAAAGUACAAAAAGCAGCCUUGGGGCCUUGUCAAAUCUGUAAUCGAGAAGAACACCUGGGGAGGGAUACAGGAGAACUUCAAACAACUUGAAUCAGAACUGCUAAUGGAGGAGUAUGCAAUUAACCAGUCUAUAGAAGACUCUGGAAAAUUAGUCGCCCUGAGGCGAAGACGACGCACUUUACACCGGAGUCUGGCAGAAUCACUUCCCAAACGCUCUUCCCAGCACUCAUCUGGUGACAUGGGGCUAGAGUCCCAGGGUAGCAUCAUAGGAAGGAAAAGAGAUGCUAUUAGUAGGACCACUACCAUCAUUGUAGUAAUGAGUGUCUUUUUGCUGCUCCUGGUUUUGCUAAAUAUAACACUGUUUCUCAAGCUGUCAAAGAUAGAGCAUGCAGCUCAGUCCCUCUAUCACGUCCAGCUUCAGGAAGAGAGCUCGUUGAACAUAUCCCCAGAAAUGGGAUCGAAAGAGGAGAUCCCUCAAUAUGAUAAGGAACAGGUUAAACACGUGAAGGGAGUACUAAGAGACUCAAUUGAAAUGCUUGAGCAGCUCAAGCUCUCCCUUUCCAUGCUCCAAAGAAGCUUCGAUCACUUGAACAAGACACAGAGCAGCAAGACUGAGAGUUAAUGCCCAUGAGAGUUAAUGUCGGCACCUCAGAAGAGAAGACGUGUGUUUAAGGACUUGUGAAGUAGGGACUGUAACCAUCUUCGGACUCUUAUUUUUUUUCUACUUUGUGGAAUAAAGGUGGAAUAAAGGGCCGUCCGCCUUCCUCCA